CCUGUCUGUCUGCUUGUGUUUCUGUUGUUGCAGUCAAAUCAUGGCUUUCUUCACUCACCAAAUCUGCAGAGGUUUCUCCUCUUCGGCUCUCAGAAACACUGUUAUAAAGCAUGUAACGAUCAUAGGAGGAGGACAAAUGGGUGCAGGAAUCGCACAGGUUGCUGCAUCAACUGGCCACUCUGUGACUCUGGUGGACACAUCUGAAGACAUUUUGAAGAAGUCCGUCAAAGGAAUUGAAGGGAGCCUUAAGAGAGUGGUCAAGAAGAAGUAUGCUGACAAGCCAGAGGCAGGUGAACAGUUCAUUCAGAAAGUCCUGAAGAAUGUGUCAUACUCGACAGAUGCUGGAUCUACUGUUAAGAGCACAGAUCUUGUGUUGGAGGCCAUUGUGGAAAAUCUUAAAAUCAAACAGGGUCUUUUUGGUGGACUUGACAAGCUGGCACCAGCACACACUAUCUUUGCCAGCAACACAUCAUCCUUGCCCAUCACUGACAUUGCCAGCGCCACCACCCGACUGGACAGAUUCGGUGGCCUUCACUUCUUCAAUCCUGUCCCUAUGAUGAAGCUGGUAGAGGUUAUUGGAACCUCAGCAACAAGCCAAGAGACUUUUGAUUCCCUCCUGAACUUCAGCAAAGCACUGGGAAAAACACCAGUGUCCUGCAAAGAUACACCUGGAUUCAUUGUAAACCGUUUACUUGUUCCUUACAUGAUGGAGGCCAUCCGCUUGCAUGAGAGAGGUCAUGGAUCCAAAGAAGAUAUUGAUAUCGCCAUGAAACUUGGUGCUGGUUACCCCAUGGGACCUUUUGAGCUCCUGGACUAUGUAGGACUAGAUACAGCAAAGUUCAUUAUGGAUGGUUGGAGUGCGAUGGACCCUGGAAACCCACUCUUUGGCCAGAGUGAAUUGUUGAACAAGUUGGUGGCAGAGGGCAAAUUUGGUAAAAAGACAGGAGAAGGAUUCUACAAGUACAAGUAAUCCAGUUUGCAGUAGGGAUUGAUAUCACUGUGAAACUAGUCAGAACUCAAAAAAUAAAGCCAUCGAACAAAUAAAUAAGUGAUAAGGAUCUGAAUUAGGGCUGGGCGAUAAUUUUUUCAUAUCAGUCGAUAUCGAUAUAUAUCACGAUAUAAAUUAAAUUACAAUUUUUGUCAAUCUUAAAUGUUCCGUUACUCAUAAGUGAGUUGUGAAGACGUCAGAAGGUUAUUUUUGACUUAAAUAUUAUUUAUUUUCUGUCAGAAGUUGAACAUGACAGAUGUACAGAAGAAAACCUCUGAAUCAGUUGUGUUGGGCAAUUACUUAUAGUUAAAAAGGAAAAGUUAUUUUGUGAUAUGUAUCGUUAUCGUUUUAUUACCCAGCCCUAAUCUGAAUUAAGGAAAUGUGUUAAAUCAUCAACAUACCACUGCUGACCUGGAGCCAGAUGCAUAAAACUAGAUCCAUGACUCAAAACUGUGUGUACAUGCAAAGCCAGAAAUAUGCAUAUCUGUUCUUUUAGUCAUAUUUAUAAAGCUGUGCAUAUGCAUGGUUCCAUUUUAUAAAUUUUAGUCAUUGAGCAACUUGCUCUGUGUGCAUGAGAUGCAGUUGCACUCCCACAAUGAGAGUAGUUGGUUAUCAACCUAAACAAUGUUUUAUUAAAAAGAUUCUGUCUCACCUUAUAUUUCAUCUCCACCUCAUCACAUCACCCUGAUUACUUCAGAAAAAGAUGUGUAUGCUUGUUCUGAAGUAGAUGUGCAGUAAAUGGCAUAUGCAUUGUUUUUGUGCAUAUACAUCGUUUAUGCAUCUGGCCCCAGGAUUUAACCUGUGUGCCUUCUACUUUAAAGGUCGACUUUUGUCUGUCAGUCCAUUUUGUUGUGGGCAUUUGCUUUACCUGAAUCACAUCUUUUUAUGAGUCAAGAUUAUGUGAUUAAAAUUGAUUUUUGAAAUACGUGUCUGUUCUCAUUCUGAAUAAAAGUGGGAUUGA